ACGACAUCCCACGUGUCCUAAAGGUAACUAACCCCUAUCGAAUCCGGGCAUCUCAUGCCUACCUACUAUAACCGAAGCUGAUAAGAGAAAACAGAUGCGCUGGUCCGGCGAAAUAGCCUAGGUAAUAACAUCCAUCCUCCUAAAAUUCACCGUCGGCAUAUUCCUCUGGCGCAUAUCCCCGCAACGCUGGCAAAAAGUCAUCAUCUUCACCAUUCUCACGACCUGCCUAGUAUACGGCCUCGUAUACGCAUGCAUAGCCGCGCUCCAAUGCCAACCCGUAUCGUACUACUGGUACCGCUACACAACCCCCAUGCGCGGGAAAUGUAUCCCCGGAAACGUGGUUAUGGGCGCGACGUACACCGCCGCAGCGAUAAACGCGCUGGGGGAUUGGGUGUUGGGUUUGCUGCCGAUUGCGUUGGUGAGGAAGUUGGAGUUGUCGAGGAGGAGUAAGGUGCUUGUUUCUUGUACCCUGGCUUUGGGGUCUGUCGCUUCGACAGUGACGAUCGUUCGUAUCCCGUAUUUCUGGCAACUUACUCGGACAAACGACAUCGUGCACGACUUCGCAGACCUCUCGAUCUGGUCGACGGUGGAGAACGGACUCGGCCUCGUCGCAUCUUCGAUUGCGACUCUACGCCCAUUGUUUAGGAUAAUGUUCAAGAGCUCAAGAACAGGGAUAUCAUCGCCGCCGCCGCGAUACUCGCCGUAUUUGUGGAGAAGAUCGGGGAGAGCGUCGAUACAACGUGGAACGGCAGACGAGAGUCCGAUGCACUACAGGAUGCAAGAGUAUAACUCUAGUAAGGCGAGAGCACGGGGUAAGGAGGAUUCGGGAUUAGGGUGAAUGGAUACGUAUAUAGAAUAGGGUAAUUUACGAACGAAUCAUCUGUGGACUGACUUCACUUGUCGUUCUUAUGAGUGGUGUACCUAAGUAGGGCUAUUCUUGGUAUCAAGAACGAAGGUAUUGCUUCCC